CGUGAUGUCGCGCAGCGAUUCUUCAUCAAGCGAUAUUGGCCCAGGACGAGGGCUGGGAAAAAGAGUGCGGCCUUCGAGUUCCGAGUCUUCAGACGAUAGUCUGAUCGUGUCUCGCAAGAAGAAUGUCAAAAGACGAGCCUUGAGUGAGUCCUCCGACCCGGAUGGCGAGAUCGAAUGGCGGAAGAGGCGGAAAAACAGAUCCGACUCGAAGCCUGUGAUCGCGAGCGAGUCCGACAGUGACUCAGGAUCUCUUGGAGAUGCACCGGCUUGCCCCAUUUGCCUGGGGAAGCUGUACGAGACAACUUUACAAGGUCGUCCUGAGUCGUGUGACCACACUUUCUGCAUAGAAUGCAUCACUGCGUGGAGCAAGAACAACUCGACUUGUCCAUUAUGCCGGAACUCUUUCUCAAAAAUAAAAAUCAGUCUGCGCGGUGACAUUCUGGAAGAGUUACCGGUGAAGACAGUCGAGCCAGAAAUCAAUGAAGCGGAUCAAUUUCUCAAUGAUAUCCUUUGCCUCGUCUGCCACCGUUCUGAUCAAGAGGACACGUUGUUGCUCUGUGACGAGUGCGACGACGCGUACCAUUGCUCUUGUUUGACACCUCCAUUGCGGAGCGUACCUGUUGGUCAAUGGUUCUGCCCCCGAUGCCGCGAACAGGACAUAGACUCGGAUGGUGACGACGAAGAUUUCGUUCUUCUCGGGGAUUAUUCCCUGUAUGUACCUCGGACGAGAGCGACUGAGAGAGUUCGGCGAAGCGUUCAGUCAACGCGACGCACAACAACUCGGCAAACGAACCGUUCCUCUCGGAGAGGUCGUGGGGGUACACAGAGAACCUCGACCACCAGACGUACGACAAGCACCAGGAAGCGUAAAUCCACUGCCACAACCAAGCGAAAGAAGACACGCCGGAGAGCUACGCGCAAACGGAAAGGUGGUCGCAGAUUGACUAUACUCAGAAAAGCUUACGCGGCCUCCAGCGACCAGCAAUGGCGGAUCGCAAGGUCUCUGGGGCUCUCGGACAGACUGCUGCAUAAGUUGAACAGGAACAACAUCAGUUUCCCCGUACUUUCGACGGAAGAACCGUCAACCAGUAGAGGAACAUCAUCCCGGGCAGAGUCGUCCGGUCAUCGUCGAUCGCUGCUCGGCGUAGCCCCCAAUUUGACCAUAUUUGGGGAUAACAAUAGCUUCGAGCCACAGGGUUCAAGCGGAGACGACGAACCUCUCGCUAGGAGACAAGAAACCCACACUAAGAAAGAAGAUCGAGCUGGGUGCAGCUCUGCCUCUGGUGUAGACUUUCUCGGCGGUCUCUUGGAGAAACAGUCAGUUCUCUUGGACAAGAAAUCUGAACUGAAGAUGGACAGUCAGGGCACCUUGCGUCUCGUUGGCGGGAAAGAGUUAGAGGCUAUGGCAGCUUCGUCGGGCCGAAGAAGCUCGGAAGACAGUCUCUCGUCGAAGGCGAAGAGCCUAAAAGUCGGACAGGCUGCACCUCGGGCUUCUUCCAGCGCCUUGGAAUACGACACCCGGUAUAAACCGCAGCGAGUCUCCCGUGUUUCAGGAUCCACUGUCACCGCUAUUUCACGCAGCAUCGAGGACGUGGUGAACAGUAAUCAUGUCGAGAGAGGGGAGCCGGAAGCUACGAGCCAGAAGAAAUCGAAGAAAAAUAAAUUUUCGAGUGUCCCAUACGCAGAUGAAGCGCACAAUGUGGCAAGAGGGAAGGCGAUCGAGGAAUCGCAAGGAUGGAUAAACUCCCUCAAGCUGACUGUGCCAAAGGUCAUAAAUUCCCUGAGUAUAUUCCGCGAUCUCGACGGCGAACAGCCCUCUACCUCCAGAACGGAUAGCAAUUAUUAUCGGCGCUCUGAGGUAAAAUCCGAGCCCGUCAGGGUGAAGGAAGAGCCCAGAGAUAACGACGAAACCUGUGAUAGCUCCUCGCAUCGAGGCCACCGUGAACAGAGAGAAGUCCCGCGCUCGAGUGAUAAGAGAUACUCCGCACCCGUCUUGGACUUAUCCCGGAUCAAGAUCGAGCCCGUGGACUACUCCGCUCCCCAGCCACCUCAAACAUCGUCUACGACUAUCGAGGUCCACAUGGAGGCAGAGCCAACCGUUAAAUCCGAGGUCUCGGAUGACGCUCCUAUCGGCGACUUGGAUAAUGUGGGACGGCCUCUCGGGCUCGAUGACGGCUCGUUCCCACUUGUCGACCAAUUGAAAGCGUCACCGACAGUCAAGUACGAAAGUGCGGAGGAUUUUGUGGGACCUGAAACUAAAUUUUCGCAAGCAACGGAGCUCCCCAAACCUUGGGGCGACAUGGAGCUACGUCAAGUUUCAUCGAACUCCGCCGAUGCGAGUGACGCCCUCCUGCCUCAGUCAACUGUCAACUUUUCUCACACAGAGGGUUACAGUAGCGGUAUGGAAUCCGAGGAGAGCUUUUCGGAUGUUGAGAGAGCUGUUCCUGGUGUGCCCACCGAUGCAGACACUAUAAAAAAGAAAGAGCCACGGAAAUAUGUGAAGUACUUCGUUUCUAGAGAGAAAUUUAAAGAUGCUGUUAUAAAAGAAGUGGGACCUUAUUUGAAGAAGUUUUACAAGAAACAUCAGAUUUCGAAGGAAGACUACAAGGAAAUUUUCAAGAAGGUCAUCAAAAAAGUCUGUACAAGUUCCUCGGAGAAAAAGCGUCUAGUUUGUACGAAGGCUAUACAUAGACUUUGCCACACAUACGUGAAGCGGGCUAGGAUACAGAUAAAGUUGGACUGUAAAUUCGGAGAAGGUACGUGACGUCUCUUCUCGCAGCAGCGUCUCGUCUCCCCAUGUAUAAAGUGAGGAAUAAUUGUUCAUAGAUUUCGUAGGUCGACCUCAGGAUCCUCCGGGUGGAAUUGACUAAUUGUAGUGAUUGAUUAUCGACUCAUAAAUACUGCGCAGGUCUCGCUCAUUGAUACA